UAGACUGUCGGCACCGCGGCGCGGGGGUGGGUGCUGCGGGGCGGGGCGGCAGGGUCGGGGUGCGCGCGCGGGGCCGGUCCCACCGCCCGCCGUGAGGGGGAGCGGAAUCUCCCGCCAUUUUUCAACCGUCCCGCUCGGGCCCCGCCGGGUCCCAUCAUGGCGCCGCUACUCGGCCGCAAGCCGUUCCCGCUGGCUAAGCCAUUGCCGCCGGGGGAGCCGGGCGAGCUGUUCGUCAUCCCCCACACGCAGGAGGCCUUCCGCACCCGCGAAGAGUACGAAGCACGUUUAGAGCGAUACAGCGAACGGAUCUGGACAUGCAAGAGCACAGGAAGCAGCCAGCUGACACACAAAGAGGCUUGGGAGGAGGAGCAGGAGGUUGCUGAGCUCUUAAAGGAGGAGUUUCCUAUCUGGUAUGAGAAACUGGUCCUGGAAAUAGUCCACCACAACACUGUGUCAUUGGAAAAGUUGGUGGAUGCUGCUUGGUUGGAGAUCAUGACCAAAUUCGCAGUGGGUGAAGAGUGUGACUUUGAGGUUGGUAAGGAGAAAAUGUUGCCUGUAAAAGUUGUGAAAAUGCAUCCCCUGGAGAAAGUUGACGAAGAAGCCUCCGAAAAAAAAUCUGACGGAGCUUGUGAUUCUCCAUCCAGUGACAAGGAGAACUCCAGCCAGGCAGCCCAGGACAACCAGAAGGAAGCGAUGCUGAAGGAAGAUGACAGCAGGAGGGAUAGUAUGAAUGAUCGAGCACGUAGGUCUCCUCGAAAGCUUCCCACUUCGUUGAAGAAGGAAGAAAGGAAGUGGGCCCCACCUAAAUUCCUGCCGCACAAAUACGAUGUCAAACUGAAAAAUGAAGAUAAGAUCAUCAGCAACGUUCCAGCAGAUAGCUUAGUCCGUACAGAGCGUCCUCCCAACAAGGAGAUCCUGAGGUACUUCAUCCGUCACAAUGCGCUACGUGCUGGCACGUGUGAGAAUGCCCCAUGGGUUGUGGAGGAUGAGUUAGUGAAGAAGUACUCUCUCCCCAGUAAAUUCAGUGACUUCUUGCUUGACCCACAUAAGUAUAUGGCUCUUAAUCCCUCAACCAAGCGGAAGAGCUCUCGGUCACCUGAAAGAAAGCUUCCUAAGAAAUCCAAAGCAGAUGGAUCUUCACUGGGACAGCCACUGAGUCCAGCCCUAUGGUGUCAUGUGCAUUUGGAAAAAUCUGUAAUUGGCUCUCCGCUGAAGGUGAAGAACUCAAAGAACUCCAGUUGUCCUAAAGAGGAGCUGGAAGAGGUGAUGAAAAUUGUGUCACCUGCUAAACUUGGUUCUAACUUUCACAUUCCAAAGAGGAGCCGACUAGGAAAGGGCAACAACAAAUCCUUGGACAAAAAGCAAAGAGGCAAAAGGGUUCUGAAUGGGCAGAAGUCGUCGGGGAAGGCAAAGUCUCCUAGGAAAGGUUUGAAGACCCCCAAGAUGAAAAUGAAACAAAUGACACUGCUGGACAUGGCUAAAGGUACCGCUAAGGUGUCUAGGGCUCCUAGGAAUUCUGGAGGCACCCCUGGAUCUUCCAGGAAACCCCAGAAACAUCUGCCUCCUGCAGCGCUCCAUCUCAUUGCCUAUUACAAAGAAAACAAAGACCGGGAAGACAAAAAAAGUGCUCUUUCCUGCAUCAUCUCCAAGACAGCUCGGCUGCUUUCCAAUGAGGACCGUGCUCGUCUCCCCGAGGAUUUACGAGCGUUGGUACAGAAACGCUAUGAGCUCCUGGAACACAGGAAGAGAUGGGCCACCAUGACUGAGGAACAGCGGAAGGAGUACAUGAAGAAGAAAAGGGAAAAGCUGAAAGAGAAACUGAAGGAAAGAGCAAAGGAGCGGAAGGAGAAGGAGAUGAAGGAAAAACUGGAAAAACAGAGGAGAUUUGAGGACCAAGAUCUUAAAGGGAAGACACUGCCUACUUUUAAACUGGUUGAUACUCCAGAGGGACUUCCUAACACACUUUUUGGGGAUGUGGCCAUGGUGGUGGAGUUCCUGAGCUGUUACUCAGGGUUAUUGAUGCCAGAUGCUCAGUAUCCCAUCACAGCAGUGUCCCUGAUGGAAGCCCUUUGUGCAGAAAAGGGAGGCUUCCUGUACUUGAACAGAGUGCUGGUCAUCCUCUUGCAGACCCUGCUGCAGGAUGAAAUUGCUGAGGAUUAUGCUGAGCUGGGAAUGAAACUUUCUGAAAUCCCACUUACUCUGCAUUCCGCUUCAGAGUUGGUUCGCCUGUGCCUGCGCAAGUCAGAUGUGCAAGAGGAAAGUGAGGUCUCAGAUAAUGUAGAUGAAAGUAAGGAUUCAGCAGCUUUCGAGGAUAAUGAGGUACAGGAUGAGUUUUUGGAGAAACUGGAGACAUCGGAGUUCUUUGAGCUGACUCCUGAAGAGAAAUUGCGGAUCCUUGGAGCGCUGUGUCACCGCAUCCUAAUGACGUACUCGGUGCAGGACCAUGUGGAGGCCAAGCAGCAGGCCUCAGCUGAGCUGUGGAAAGAGCGCCUGGCUGUCCUGAAGGAAGAGAAUGACAAGAAGAGGGCAGAGAAACAGAAGCGAAAAGAAAUGGUGGCUAAAACCAAGGAGAAUGGGAAAGUAGAGCAUAUGAUGGGAAGGAAUGAAAAGAAAAAACACGAAAUUAUGAAAAUAGAGCACCGGGUGGAAAUUGAAGCCGAUGAUAUGAUCAGUGCUGUGAAGAGCAGGCGCCUUCUUGCCAUCCAAGCCAAGAAGGAGAGGGAGCAACAAGAAAUACAAAUGAGAGUGAGGAUGGAGAAAGAAGCAGAGGAAGAAAGAAUCCGGAGGCAUAAAGCUGCUGCUGAGAAAACUUUCCAGGAUGGAAUUGCCAAAGCCAAACUGGUGAUGCGCAGGACCCCAAUUGGCACUGACAGGAAUCACAACAGGUACUGGCUGUUUUCAGAUGAGGUUCCUGGCUUGUUUAUUGAGAAAGGCUGGGUACAUGACAGUAUAGACUACAGAUUUACCCUUCCCCAUCAGAAAAAGGAAGAUUUGAAGAAGGACUACAGCCCUGGAGAGAAGCGGAAGAGCACAGGCAGUGACAGCCGAGGGAACAAACUGCACCGCUCCAUGCCCACCACAGACCUGCCUGCUGAGACCACCACUCCCAAGCAGGGCCAGAACUUAUGGUUUCUCUGUGACAGUCAGAAGGAUUUGGAUGAGCUGCUGGAUUGCCUGCACCCCCAAGGAGUAAGGGAGAGCCAGCUCAAGGAGCGCUUGGAGAAAAAGUAUCAGGACAUCACACAUUCCAUCCAUUUGGCUCGGAAACAGAACUUGGGCCUCAAAUCUUGUGAUGGCAACCAGGAACUGCUGAACUACCUCCGGAGUGAUCUGAUUGAGGUUGCAACGCGGCUGCAGAAGGGAGGCCUGGGAUACGUUGAUGUGACACCAGAAUAUGAAGCAAAAGUGUACUCCCUGGGGAGCCUAAAGGAUUUUGGAGAGUGUGUGAUUGCGCUCCAGGCUGGUGUUGUUAAGAAGUUUCUGCAAGGUUUCAUGGCCCCUAAGCAGAAGAGAAGGAAACACCAAGGAGAGGAUCACAUUGCCAGGGCUGAGGAGAUAGAUGAAGACAAGAAAAUGGCAGAAGAAGCCAAGGUUGCUUCAGCCACGGAGAAAUGGAAGACAGCAAUCCGUGAGGCCCAGACCUUCUCCCGUAUGCAUGUACUGCUGGGAAUGCUGGAUGCCUGUAUCAAGUGGGAUAUGUCAGCAGAGAAUGCCAGAUGCAAGGUGUGUCGCAAGAAAGGUGAGGAUGACAAGCUGAUCCUGUGUGAUGAGUGUAACAAGGCCUUCCACCUGUUCUGCCUGCGGCCGGCACUCUAUGAAAUCCCAGACGGGGAAUGGCAGUGCCCAGCGUGCCAGCCUUCAACAGCCCGGCGCAGCUCACGAAGCAGGAACUAUGCAGAGGAUUCUGCUGAAGAUGAAGGUGAAGAAGGUGAGGAAGCUUCUGAUGAGCCGGAUGCUGAGGAGGAAGAGGAGGAGGAAGAAGACUAUGAAGUUGCUGGACUAAAAUUGAGGCCCAGGAAGGCAGCCCGGGCCAAGCAGGGCUCCAUGUACUCCUCGAGGCAGGGAAGGCACCAGAGGAAGAAGCAGACGCUGCACCCUGUGCGGGGACCCCGGCAGCGCACGGCACCUGUCAAUGGUGCAGACAUCGAUGAGCUGGUAAGAGCCGAACUUCUCCCUGGAGACCACUCACAUCCAGUUCUCUCCUUUUACCAACACCCUUUGUGUGGGCAGGUCCUUCAGACAAAGAGGACAGCGCGUCGCCAGAACCUUGAGCUGCAGAAGUGUGAGGAAAUCCUCAGCAAGCUGAUCAAGUACCGCUUCAGCUGGCCCUUCAGGGAGCCAGUGACCACGGAGGAAGCUGAAGACUACUUUGAGGUCAUCAGCAACCCCAUGGACUUCCAGACUAUGCAGAGCAAGUGCUCUUGCGGCAGUUACCGCUCUGUGCAGGAGUUCCUCUCCGACAUGAAGCAGGUGUUCUCCAAUGCCGAGCACUACAACCAGAAUGGGAGUCACGUACUGUCCUGCCUGGAGAAGACAGAGCAGUGUUUGAUUGACAUGGUGCACAAACACCUGCCAGGCCACACGUAUGCACGCAGGAAACGCAAGAAGCUCUCUGCCAGGUGCCAGGGACUGGAGGAGCAGGAAGGGGACAGUGAGUCAGAGCCCCUUGAACAUUCCCAGGGGCGGAAGAGAAAGAAAUGAGGGAUGGAGAGGCCAUGGGGAGAGCCAGAACUGGAGCAGGCCUUCUGGUGCUGCCAGGCAGUUGGAUGGGUUGUGUGUAGGGAGUUGAGAAGCAGCGGGCACUUCUCUAUUAAUCCAGCCUUCCCUUGGGCCCAUCCUAGUUUUAAUUUUUCUGCAAUUUCCUCAAGUGUUUGGUCAUCCAUUGAGUGGCAAUGACUUAAUGCUUCCUCCAAAAUCUACAAAGCUCUUCCUGAGUCUGUCCUGCCAGGAGGGGAAGGUGGGAGGGCAAGGGGAGGGCCUGGCCAAGCUUGGCUGGGCAGAGGAACACCAGCCUGCUCCAGCUCAGGCACUGUUGGUUUCCUGGAAUGAAUUGCUUCCUUGCCUCUGCAAGCAGCCAGGGCACGGUGGGGACCGUCUACUGCCAGUCAUGUGAGCACACCAGCCUCCAACUGGUGCAGGGGGGGGAUCGUGUUGCUCCACAGAAGAACUGGGUGCCAUCAGGCCAAUGGGCUAUUCAGGCUUGCCUGUAUAUAUUUAUAUGGUGUUAAUUCUGAGCCUGGGUUCUGGGCUGUGUGUGGCGAGCAAGCACUUAGGUGUACCGCGGUCUGGCUUUCACCAGCAUCCCAACACCACUGCUCCAAGGUGCUCCUGCUUUCCCCUCUCCUUGGGGAGCAGUCCCUGGAGGUCUCGGUCCAAGGAGGGCUCUGAGCUCAGCUCCCCACCUGUACAUGUCAAGAGGAGGCUCCCUGCUCCCCUGGACCUGCAUGCCAUCAUGCAGCCCUGUUGAGUGCCAGCAGCAAACUGGAGUGUGAGUGUCUGCGCAGCCCAAGGAGAGCUCCAAGGCCAGGGGAGAAGCAGAAAUGUGCUGUGUAACUUUUUAAAUUAAUUUUUUAGUUGAAAGUGGCUUCGUUUCUAGCUGUGAUCUUGUACAAAGAACACCUGUAAGAUACCCUUGUCUUGCUUUGGCACAUGUACAGUUUAUAUAAAAUCGUGUUUGCUGUAGAUUUUCCCCCUCUUUAAAACUCAUUUUCCUACCAGUAGCAGGAGUUACAUCGGGGACUUUGCGGGGCAAGAGGGAGAUCCUAGUCUCUCUCAGCCACACACUCACGACAUUUCAUAGUAACACCCUUUCUCCUGUGCCAUAGCCCAGCAUCAGCUCCUGCUGCCCCAGAUGCUGACUUUUCCCUAAGAAAAGGGUUUGUUUUCUCAUUCUCUCUUCCUCUCCAUCAUGACAGAUUUGGAUCAUACAAUCAGGGCUUGAACUUCUUAUGCCAGAAUUGUUUGAUGUGGAAUAAAAGGGCCAUGGGGCUGUUCAGUGCUGGUUUUGUAACAGAAAAGCAGAAGCAGCUGUUGUAGCUCCUGGGAUUUGAGAAGAAAAGAAUAAUCAAUUACAAAUUUCAGCCUAGUUUUGUGAAUGUUUUAGGUUUGGGUUUUUUUUUUUUAAUGGGUACUUGUUUUCAGUUCUGGACUGGCAAUGACUGCAGAUGAGGCAAGUUUCCAGCCCCUUCCCUCUCCUCAGCCUCACUCCCUGCCCCACAGAAUAGCACUGACAUUUGUAUCUCACACGUCCCUUCAGAGGCUGUUUUGUCUUGUUUCCUAGAGAUCAUUUCCUACAGGUCCUACACGGUGGAACCUUUGGAACUGCAAGUUUUCUAAAAAUCAGUGUCAUUUGGGGGGAGGGGGUUUCUGCAAAGGGCUGUACUUGUAAUAAAUUGGAAACUUAAGAAUAAACAUUAUGUACUUGUGUUUGUAAA